CGGGAAAAAAUGAAUUUGUGAUGAUGAUUCAUAGUCACAAACAAAUUGUAAUCACAUUAUAAAUUCCUUGUCGUGUUACUCAUCAAGCAAGUUUAUAAGUUAUUACAAGUUUCUGUGUUAUAUUGUGAAUACUCGCAAACCAAAAUGUUUUCAACUAACCCUAACUAUUCCAAGCUGAAAACUCAUUUGCGGCUAGCUUUAAAUCGUCUGAAGUUGUUGGAAAAGAAGAAAACAGAACUAGCUCUGAAGGCACGCAAAGAAAUUGCGGAUUAUAUAGCUGCUGGGAAAAGCGAACGAGCUAAAAUUCGCGUGGAACAUAUCAUCAGAGAAGAUUACAUGGUGGAAGCAAUGGAAAUAGUAGAAAUGUACUGUGACCUCAUCCUGGCGAGGUUUGGACUUGUCACACAGAUGAAGGAAUUGGACGAGGGUCUUGCAGAGUCUAUAUCCAGUCUGAUUUGGGUGGCUCCUAGAAUGCAUACAGAUAUACAGGAAUUGAAAGUAAUUUCAGAUCUAUUAACAGCGAAGUACGGUAAAAUCUAUGCAGACGCUUGUAGAAACGAAAGUGUGAACACAAUCAGCGAGAAGCUGCGACACAAGUUGUCCGUACAGAGCCCUCCCAAGAUACUUGUGGAGAAGUACUUGAUAGAAAUCGCCAAGAACUACAAUGUGGAGUAUACACCUGAUGAACAAGUCAUGAGGGGGGAAGAAGAAGGCCGUGACGCGCUCCUCAUCGACAUCGGCGGGCCUCCAAACCCGCCGGGCUUCAUCGGAUACCCGAUGCAGAUGCCUCAGAUGCCAAGUGUACAGCCCUUUAGCUAUCCCUCGGAACCUUCACAUGGCAAAGCUGGUGGGUUCAUAGCAACCCCUCCAGGCAACUACGGUGGUCCCAGUCAGUCUCCUAUGGGGUAUAAUUUACCCCCAGGCGUAGACUCAAAAAAUCUGAGCAACAGUUUUCUUCAGGAUGAGAUGCAUAAUCUGCCACCUGCUUAUGACAGCAUUAAUCACGAUAUGCCAUCUCUCCCGCCGCAACCACCGCAACCGCAACCGCAGCCGCGGCCGCGCACCGUCCAAGCACCGAACCUGUUCCCGGAACUCCCGGAGCUUCCCUCCGUGCCCUCCGACCUCAUCCUGCCCUCAGUGCCUCACAGCCACGGCUCAGGGACCAGCAACAAUGGACCAGGAUCAGGAUCUGGUAAUACACCGAACGCGCCCGAUGAGAUUGACUUUGAUGACCUGAAUCGCCGGUUUGAAGAGUUGAAGAAGAAAAAGUAAUGAGAGUUGAAUUUUCACACUGUUCGGCUCAGUCUUAAUUUAAAUCGAUGACUUGAAUAAUGAGGUUAAAUCUUUCUUUCGCUAUCAAAUC